UCUACGUCGGCUGCCCUCUCAUCUCCGCUCUCUCUCUCUCUCUGUGUGAGACACGAGCCUGGCCGCUGACGUUACUCGUGGGAGUGUUUGCAGGUCUCUACGCGAUCACGACAGAGAAGGAGCUCAGACGCGAGCGCUUACAUUCACGUGCGCGCCGCAUACCGUGCCGCAGGGAUACUCACGCUACACGUGCAGAUUUUAGUGCAAGCUAUCGAGCCAACUUUGUGUAACGAGGGUGGCUAUACGAUACGUAACUCGUAGGUCAACAGGUAUAUUGCACUUCGUUCGAGGGAGACACAGGCGGUUGCCGUACACGUCUUCUGUAAACACACGCGCACCGACACGCGGGUACACAACGCGCAAACGCGUGAGCACGCUGACUCACUCACUCACGCACCCUGCGUAUCUGAUUCGGUUGUGGUCGCUUUGGCUUCGCUGCUGCAACCGCGAAAUCCUGGGGCGUCCUCGACUCGCUCCGAACGCACCAGAAGCGACAGCAGCAGAAGCAGCAGCAGAAGCAGCAGCAGCAGCAGAAGAAGCAGAAGAAGCAGCAGCAGAAGCGACAGAAGCAGCAGCAGAAGCAGCAGCAGCAGAAGCAACAUCAGCAGCAACAGCAGAAGCAGCAGCAGCAGUCAUGAGUUUCCCCCCGCGCUCCUCUUCCACCACCUCCGCCGGCGGCCCGAGUCUCGCUCGCCGCCGCCUCUUCGUGCCCCUGCCCUGCGUGAUCCCUCCGGGUCGCGUCGCCAGCGUUCGCCGCCGCCUCCUCUUCGGCGGUGCCGACGAGACGACGCAGCAGCAGCAGCUGCAGCAGCAACAGCAGCGGGCCCGGUGUCUUCUCUCCGUGCGUCACGAGCUCGCGCAGAAACUCCGCGACGAUGCGGCCGCUGCGCGCGCGCGGUGGGGGUUCGACUUCGCUGCAGGGCGACCGUGCGAGCGCGCAGAGGAGGGGGAUGAUGAUGAGGAGGAGGAGGGCGCUGGCGAGAAGGCGGCUGGGGCCGCGUGGAGAUGGGAGGAGGUGGACGCCGUGCGGGUGCCCAACUUUUACCGACCCGCAGCCGUCGCGCGAGACGGUGACGGCUGCGACUGUGACGUCGUCCGUGACGGCGGGGACGACGGCGAGCACGCGGUCGACGACGACGACGACGACGCGGAAAAUAACUCCAACAGCGGCAACACGGAGAUUACGGGGCCGGCUGGAGAAAGCCUCGCGUCUCGAAGCUCCUUCAGGCCAAUCGCAGAGGUCACGCCGCCCGCGUUCAACUCGGCGCAUCGCAAGCGGCCGGCUACGCGCAUCGCCGAUUACUUCGUGAAGACGAAGCGAGCGCACCGAGAGGCCUCGGACAAGCGCGGAGGCCGCGCGGACGAGCAGCAGUCGCUGCUGCCCCAGACGAGCGCCAUGCUGACCGAUUUGACGUUUUAAAAGGAGGAAAUAUCUCUCGCAAGCACGAGCCCCGCGGGUGAACGAGGAGCCAAAGUGUCGUGGCGUCACUCGAGACGAAGAUCACGCAGACGGAGGACGAGGCAGAGGAGAUCACAGACGGAGGAGACCACAGAUGGAGGAGACCGCAGGCCCCGUGACUCUGCUUGAGACGGACGCGUGGUGGUGGUGGAACUCUGCGAUUGCGGCUGACAAUUUGCGACAGUGCGCGCGCUUCUUGUGUACCGUCCGCAAGACUGUAAAUAAUAUAUAUACACAGAUGUAACUUAAAAAACUACUGCAAAGA